GAUACACCUUAAACUUUGACUCAAACUUGGGAGUGUCUUUUUUAGUUUUUCACCCUCUUUUACAGCUUUACUCAUGUUUCUCUCUCAAAACUGGAUCGCUCUUUGAACACAGUUUAUAACCCAAUUUCACAAGCUCCACAAGUUUUUUUAUUAUGUUGCGAUGAUCAGCAAAACAACACAAUUCAAAGUAAUGUUAAUGUGGUCCCUCUGAAGCGUUAUGACAACAAAAAUUUCAGUUGACUGACGUAAUGAAUGUAUCUCUUAAAGUCUAAUUAUAAGUGACCGACAUUGAUAGCCAACAAUAAAUAUCUCUCAUCAUGGAAUCAAAACCAUCAAAGUCUAAGGAGCAACUGGAUGAGGACAGCACCAGUAGAAACCUGAGAAUGGGUGCUGCUAUUGCCUUUGCGUUUGUGCUCUUAGUCAUGGGCGUUCCUCUUUGGUGGAAGAUGACGGAAGUCAAACGCCAUCCUCUUCCUAAUGCUCGCAUUGUUGCGCUUAAUGACAUUAGUCUUAGCAUCAUUAUCAAUGUUUCAGUCCACUCCCAAGAUCCAGUUAGAACACAAAACAUAAUUAAUGGUUUGAGCAACCUUCUCAACACAUCUGAAUUAUUUAAGGUUAAUUUAAAACCAGUUUCUCUCAAUGUGAAUGACAUUGACAGGCUAGAUGUCUCAUCCCUCGAAAGCAUGGAAAAAAUUCACUCAAAUGACGUGAAUUCAUACCUCCUCUUGGAAACCUCCAAUCUGCCGCAAACUGCCCAUGCAGUUGCUUUGGGAGCCCAUCGGACAAUUUAUUUUAAGCCCUCUGCUUCUAUUGAACAGUUACAUGCGGUUUUCAAGGAUGUUAUAUUGCAAGAAGCUGAAAUGUAUGAUUCAAUGAAAGCUAUGAUUGAACCGGGCUUCAUUUCAAAGAGCUUAACAAGUAAAAACAGAGUUCGCACCUCUACAAAUUAUGAUGUAAUUUUCUCUGUCGUUAGCUCACAACCAAAUUCAGUCGCAAGAACCUGGAAUAUUAGACGCACGUUGACACAAUUUAUCUCUCCAUUGCUGGAACAGAUGUCAGCAAUCGCUCAUUUCAACCUGAAAUCUCAAUGGUUGCAUUUUAUUGACCUUGAGCAAAUUGCAAAAAAGAACAGGAAUGAUCCAGGACCCUCCCAUGUCUUGUCAGACAAACAUCUUCCUCACUUGAUCUCACCACUCGAGAAAAAAUUAGGUUCAGGUGUCGCGAAACAUCCUUGUAUUCAUUUUGUACUGUACGCCACUCCAUGUCAAUCCAACCAGUUAUACUUUGAGUCACCAGAUGGCUCCAUUGGAGCUGCUAUGCUGUCUGCUCGAUGGGGCGGAAUACAGCUCUUACAGGAUAAAGGCAACGUUGGCAAUUGUAAUUCAACGGAACCAUAUGUGCCAAAUGACAAUCAAGUAAUGUCGGAUGCCCUAUUGUUGCUUCGAAUGCUACUUGGCCUUCAAAAUUUUUCCAAAAACGCUCUCAUUCUGAAUUCUAUGGAUGCUCGGCUAAAUCUAUGGGAAUUGGAUUACUUAAUCAGACUCCGUUCCCUUGAGCAAUUUGCUGCUGCCAGGCUCACUUUAAAUUCUCUAGCACGCUUGUUGAACAGAAUUUCAAACAUAGUAAUAACGGAAGAAGUUAGCCAAGCUGUUUGUGAAUCGGUGGACGCUGCUGAAAAAGUUAUAAAUAAUUUGCAAUUAAGCAAUGCAAGUGAAGCUUUAAAAUUCAGCAAGAUUGCAUUUAACAAAGCAGAGUAUGCUUUUACUCAUCCAUCCUUACUGGCACUUCUCUAUUUCCCAGAUGAUCAGAAAUAUGCUGUUUACAUUCCGCUGUUCUUACCAAUCAUGAUACCUGUUUUGUUGUCAAUGAAGAGCAUGCGUCCAUGGUUUAGUAAAAAGGAAAAAGGAUCAUAGAAAUUUGCUAGAAAUUAAUGAUGGCCAUUUGUGAGUUAUUUAUUGUUUAUAUUUGUAUUUACAUGUAUUAUAAGUGUAUAUUACGUCUUGUACACUUCUACAAAAGGACCUAA